UCUCAACAGGGCACAUAGCAAACCAUAGUUAAAAGCCUGGACAAUGAUACCUUCACUGGAAGUGGUUAUCACAGCCUUGGAAUCAUCUAUGGAAUUUUUUCAUUUUCAAAUUUGUUAGCUCCAACUGUUGUUGCAAUAAUUGGACCACAGUUUACAAUGUUUUUCAGUGGAAUUCUUUACAGUGGUUACGUAGCUGUAUUCAUCACCCCAUCAACAUGGUCCUUUUACUUCACCUCAGUACUAAUCGGCAUAGGAGCAGCCAUGCUUUGGACAGCUCAAGGACACUUCCUUGUGGAGAACUCCGAUGCUUCCACCAUCAAUAGGAACACAGGGAUGUUUUGGGCCCUUUUACAGUGCAGCAUGUUAUUUGGCAAUCUUUACAUUUAUUUUGAUUGGAAUGGAAGGAUAGAAAUAUCAGAUAGGAGCAGAAAGACUAUCUUUAUUGGUCUGCUGGUUACCUCAGUGCUGGGAACACUCAGCUUCCUGGCUCUGAGAAAGACUCUUCCACCAGAGGAGGAGAUGCUCAAUGAAGAGGAAGGCCAGCCUUUGCUCUCAUCUCGCAUGAUGUAUAAGCAAAGAGCCAACUCUGCAGUACAAGAUGCAAAGUCAGAAUUCAAGACAAUUCUGCAACUGCUCAAAACCAAAACCAUAUUGCUUCUGAGCUGUUGCAUGGCAUACAGUGGUCUGGAGCUGUCUUUCUACAGUGGUGUGUAUGGGACAUGUAUCGGGGCAACAACAGAGUUUGGAGCGGCAGCUAAAGGCUUGAUUGGGAUCUCUGGAAUCGUGUUGGGGAUUGGAGAGAUAGUUGGUGGAGGAGUCUUUGGACUAGUAUGUAAGAAUAACCGCUUCAGACGGACAUCUGUGGUCUUCCUGGGGAUGGUCGUCCAUUUUGUCGCUUUCUACUUGAUCUACCUCAACAUCCCAGAUGAUGCCCCUGUGGUUUUAAAAACUAGCACACUGAACAAGCCAUAUCUGACACCAAGUAUCUCUAUCGCAUUGCUCUGUAGUUUCCUGCUUGGACUCGGUGACAGCUGUUUCAACACUCAACUGUACAGCAUCUUGGGGCGUGUUUAUGCUGAGCAAAGCGCGCCUGCUUUUGCCAUCUUCAAAUUCAUCCAGUCCAUUUUUGCAGCAGUUGCCUUCUUCUACAGUGGCUACUUGCUGUUGACAUGGCAACUGCUCAUUAUGGUCACCCUGGGUUUCACUGGAACACUCUGCUUCUUCAUGGUGGAAAGAAUACAGAACUUCUCUAUAGACCUACAACAAGAGUAUUAGGACCCAUCAUUUCAACACGGGCACAGUCAAAUGACUUACAUUUCUUGUUUUUUUAACUUGAAAGAUACUUUGCACCUUCAAUAUCUUAGCUUUAACUUAUCUUGCACAAUACACUAAUUAUAACAUGAGUAAAUGUAAUUUUUUAAAAAACUUUUCCAAUAGGAUUGUGUAUGUGUAAUAUAAGACCACCCACCUGAUGUAUUGGCUGUCUUUAUGCAUUGCUCUCAGGGUUGUUAUUUAAGAUAGUCUCAUUGUUGCAAAAUCUAUGGUAGUGUUAUAAUACAUCAUACAUUUCAUAACGUGAUGGAAUUGUUUUUAGAUGUUUGUUUUGAAUUUUAAGAUGCAUACUAAACAGAAGAAAUGUUAAUAUUGAGGCUUAUAUAAUGAUCUUACUGUUUCAGAAAAUAUGUUAUUAGUGACAAAAACACGCUAGCUAUAGUAUGUACGGGAAACGAUAUUGAUGUAUACCUCUAAAUUUAAUGCUGUGUCGAAAUGUGUAUAGAUAGACAAAAUUGUCAAAAUUUAGUCAAUGACAAUUCUCAACAUCCACCAUGCCAAAGCUUACAGGAGCUAUCCAGUGAUUUAAAAAAAA